UCCAAACUAAAAUAUUAAUUAAGAAUACAUUUUCGUUUAGCCUGUUGUCUUCGAAGGUGCCCAAAGGUUUUCUUGAGGCCUUUGAGCGCGAGUUUUUUGUCUUUGUUUGAAGAUGUCUAUAAAUAACGUCUCGGUCAUUGACAAAUUAGCUAAUUCACCUGGAGUUUAACUCAAGCGGAUUAGGUUAGUUCAGUAUUGUGUGAAAGGUGAGAUGGUGCUGCAAUACGGUGCCAAUUCAAACUAGGGAUCGGUUACUGCCCAGAUUCUUAUCGUAAAAAAUAGCUGUAAUUUUUAGCUCUGAAAUCAUUCGGAUGCUACCAUGGGACAAAAUCAAAGCGCGUCGGAUGAAGAGGUUGAACUGGCAGAGAUACAGGCUCUUUAUACAGCUUUCAUGAACAAAUGCCCGAGUGGAGCUCUACACCUGCAUGAAUUCAGAAGUCUUUUUGGAGUUCCAAGUUCGUCAGUGGAGGAGAGUUUAUACAUGGAAUUGAUAUUCCGGUCUUUUGAUACAAACAGGGAUAAUGUGAUCGAUUUUAUGGAGUUUGUGGCAGCAGUUCACCUUGUGCUACGGGGGAAACUCGAGGAUAGAUUAAAGUGGUCUUUUAAAGUCUAUGACAGGGAUGGCAAUGGCAAACUGGACCGACAAGAGGUCAGGCACAUCAUCAAGAUCAUUUAUAAAAUAAACCAGAACAGCACUGGUAUGACACCAAACGAAGUUUGCGACAAACUCUUUGAACUUGUGGAUGAAAACCAAGAUGGUCAGAUCUCUCUGUCAGAGUUCAUGGAGGGGGCUCAGAGAAAUGAGUGGAUCAUGAAUAUCCUCAAACUGGACGUGAAUGCCAGUGGAUGGUUCAAAGAACACUGGAGAAGGACAUAAUGAGGUUCCCUAUGCCAUACCUAGGCAGACUGGUAGAACUAAAGAACACUGAAGCACAAUGUUGGAUGGAGAUUUCUGCUGCAUCCAAGUCUUUCUUCAACACAUCACAAUUUUACACGUGCUGGUUGACCUGUUCUGUACCAAUGUGUUCUCAUCAUAUGUUCUGAAAAGCUGAUGCCACAGUCAAUCCAACACGGCUCCCAAUCAAGGAAAAGCGGAGCUAAAUCUUUGGUUUGGCUUUAAUUCAAUUCAUUACACAAGAACAAGACUUGCUGCCUGACAGAAACACGUUGUGGUUCAGCUAAGGACGUAUGCUCAGGGUGAAGACUGGCAGCAGCCAUGUUUAUAGAUCACACAGAUAAGGUUUCAGUAUACCAGGCAUGUAAACCCUGCCUACCUGCUGCAGCAGGUGAACUACUGUACACUGAACAUCCGCAUCAACUACUGAGCAAUGGGCGAUUGAUGGUGCUGAAUGUACAUGGAUGAUCUUCAGUGACUAAAUUAUGCUGUGUAACAGUCGCACAGUGAAGAUUCUAGCUUGUUGUGAAGUGAAAACAUUGAUAAUUAUUCUCACAUCAAUUUGUCACUUUGUCAUCAACUUUGGAAAUCAAACAAGGUACAUUUGGCAUGUUGUACAUAUUUCAUUUAAAUAUUCGCAUUCAAGUUCUCCAAUAUUUAGCAAUAAGAAAUGGCAAAUCACUAUAUUCAUAUUUUUUCCAUAAACAUUUGGAGCUUGAAAUUUGGUGAUCGAGCACUUAGAUCCAUUUAGUUCAUUUGAAAUUUACAGUAAAAACAAAUUCAGUAACCAAUAACUUAAAUAUGACAUUUCUUAAAUAGGAAAGGUGCAACAGGAGCAGUGGGAACAAUGGUUACCUUUCUCAUCCCGAAAUUUGCUCCAUUCUGUUGUGAUGUGACAUCUAAUGAGCAAUAGUAUUUUUACUAACUUGAUGACUGAAGCCUCUUGACAUUCUCACUUUACCAGCGCAUUAGAGUACAAAGGAAAGUUUAAGUGAUCACUUUAUUAAAGUUGAACAACACCCAUAUCCUAGCCCGGUGAGAAAUUAACUUCCUCUGAGUCCAUUAAGUGGCUGUGGAUAGAUUCUGGGAUGACAGGAUAGAAAUGUCUACAGACAUUGUGUAGACUUGUGAAACUCUUGCGUUGUUAGCAGGAGUUGUCAGCUGUGUUCUGAGAAGUAAGCAAGUAUGGAACAGAGCUGCUAGCUCGACAUAAGGUGCCUAAUCAAUUCCCUGUUCCAAACUUUUUGUUCUGUUUAAGGACCCACCCAUG